GCAAUAUGUCUGAGCAUUCAGAUGUCCUUUCCCCUGGCAGAAAUGCCAUACACAUCAUCGUUGAUCCCUCAGCUCUCGUCAAGGGAAUUGGUAAUAUCAAGCGAUGGACUGAAAGCUCUUCCACCAAAAUUGUUUUCUUUUUGCCCUCCUACACUCUACAUGAGUUGGACUAUUUGAAAAAGGGCAUUUCUAUGAUCGCAACGAAUGCGAGAGAAAGCAUCAAGUUCAUCGAUAAAAUGAUCACCUUGUCUGAUAAAAACUACAAUAUCCAUCAUCUCGAUGAUGAUUUUGAUAAUUUAAACAACUUCAGCAUCAACCCUUCUUCCUCAGUUUCAUUCAACAUUGCUACCCCUGAAGAAGCUGGCCCCAAAUGGAAUAGCUGUUUGAAAUUUAAAAUCCAUUCUCCAGUUCUCUCUGAAUUCCCAAACAAUAAGACCACUUUCCAACCAACUACAAUUCAAUACGAAUCCUCUUUCAACACCUACAAUAACAGCAACAACUAUAACCAUAAUAAUAAACCAGAUAUGCCUCUAAGAUUAAGAUACUUGAUUAGACCUUGUAUCUUGAAAUCCUUUAUUGAAAACAACAUUAAAAACCUAAAAUCAAAAUCAUAUCUAAGUGAUCUAUAUUUUGACAAAGUUUAUGACAAUAAUCAAAACUUUACUAAAUGGUACAUCUUGACUGAAGAUUCGAUCACAAAUAUUUGGCUAAAAAGUUUCGGUUUAUCAACUAUUAAUCUCCAUGAUGCGGAAUUGUUAAUUAAAAAUGGUAAAUUAACCUCAAAAAACUAUUUAAACAAUUACUUUAUCAAUUAUCUUAAAAAUUCCUUUUCAAUUGGAAAUAACAACUUGAAUGAAAAUUUAAAUGAAAAUCUAAAUCAAAGUCUAAAUGGAAAUUCAAAUUCAAAUUCAAAUUCAAAUUCAAAUUCAAAUCCAAAUCCAAUUUCUACCAACAACACCUCUUUAAAUGAUCAAAUUAAAAACAUCAAUACCAAUUCCAUUGAUAAUAGCACCAAAGAUACCAAAAAUAUGCAAUUUCCAAUCUCUGACGAUUUCAAAAAAAGACUUCUCAAUAAACUGCAUAAAAAUCAAAAAUCAAGAAGAUCUUCCGCCACCUCUCCCAUUUUUAAAUCAAAGAAAUUCCUCUCCAGCAACAAUUAUUCCACCGCUGAUGAUUCCGCUUCAAAUACAGUUCAUCGUGAAAAAUUUAAUAAAAUGACUUAUGCCCCUAGAGGAUCCGGCGAAUUAUGGACCCCAUAAUCAAUUUGGCUUUAUCCCAUCAAUGAAACAAUGAAACAAUGAAACAAUAAUCCAUAUUAAAUAUAUGAUAAAAAAUGAACCAUUGGAAUUUGAGUUUAACGACUAAUAUUUAAAUUUAGGCAAACUUUAGGCACUUUUUCUUCUUCCUAAGUUGGCGCCUAUUUUUAUUGUUUAAUUUUUUUGUUUUCAAUUUCAAUUUCAAUUUAAUAUCGUUUAUUAAAUUUCUUUCAAAGGUUUGUCACUGGUUAUUGAAACUAAUGUUUUUUUUUUCAACAAAUUUUUUAAAAUUAGUCUUUCUCGGUUUUCAUUUUUCAACAAUAUUUUAAAAAAAUAUUUUAAAAAUCAAAAUAAUCAAAUGCAAUAAUAUAUAAAAGGAUAAAUUUAUUUGAUCAAGUCUG